AUGAAGCCGUCGUCGAGCGGGGAGACGGCGACGCGGACGGUGAAGGACGAGGCGCUGGAGAUACCGUUUCAGAGCACGAGUCCGAGGAAACGGGUCGGGCGAACGCGGUUGUUGCGGACGCCCAUGGCGGGGGGGGUGGUGAGCCGAGACACCAAGGAUAGCAACUUGCCCUCGAUGGCGACGGCGGCGAGAAACUUGAUGGAACUCGCGGAUUACGGCGAUUUGAGCACGACGAUGAGCGACAUGCAUCAUCGUCGCGCUGGGUACCCGUUCGGAAGCACGGUGGACUUCGCGACGGACGCCACGGGGCAUCCAAUCUUUUGCCUGGCGCCGCUCGCGAUUCACACGCGCAACAUCGCCGCCGACGGCAAGUGCUCGUUGACGGUGAAGAUGAGCGGUUGGGGCGGGUUGGCGAACGCCAGGGUGACGAUAUUCGGCGACGUUCAGCGCUUGCCCAACGGAGAGUAUCAAACGGCGGCGAACGAAAUCUUCAAGUCCAAGUAUCACGCGCGCAAGGAAGCCAUCGACAUGGAGGAUCGCUGGGGCGACUACACGUAUUAUCGCAUGAAUCGCAUCGUCGACGUGUACUUCGUCGGUGGGUUCGGAACGUUGAACUGGAUCAAGCUCGACGAGUACUGCUCGACGUCCCCCGACACGAUCGUCACCGCCGCGCACGGUAAGAGCGUCAUCGAAACCUUGGGCGAGCUCAACACGCGCUUCUCCCAGCGUCUCGCCGCGCACAUGGGCAAUCUCUUGGACCUCGUCGUGGACGAUUUAUGGAUCAUCUCCAUCGAUCGUCGCGGUAUGGACGUUCGCGUGCGCACCGACGGCAGCUCGUUGAUUCGCAGAAUCUCUUUCGACACCGACGUCGAGUGUUUCGACGACGCCAAGCGCGCCGUCGAGUGCGCGUUGACCAACGACGACCUCUGUCGCGGCGAGUUCUGA